AUGGAUAGAUCUACGCUGGACGGAUCUCAUGAAGAUAGUGUAACUAAUUCUCCUUCGGAAAAGAUGUCAACGGUAGGAAAUCUGGAAAGGGAGGAUUCUACUGGUCAUAAUUUUUCAAGUAAGGAAAAUAUAGGUCCAAAUGAUGAAGUGGAUAAAGUAAACACGGAUGAUGAUGCACGCAUAUAUACGGAGACACUAGGUACAAAGGAAGAAAUUAUGAACUAUUCAAGUGGCCUUGAAGUCGCUAAUAAAGAUGAGGAAACUCCUAAUAUAUCGAAAGAAAAUUUGGUAGUUUCUAGUGAAGACGCAUCAACAAAUAUGAAUAAGGGAACUACGGUUGGAUCUGCUGAAAAUGAGGACUCCGCGUCUAUUGAAUCGGAAACUAAAAUAACGGAGAUAGGUACCGAUCAAAAUAACGAGAUAGAUACUCAGGUAGAUUCAGAAGUGGAUGCAAUUAAUAAUGAUGAAUUGCCUCAAUCUUUGUCUAAUGUAGAUGAAGGAAGAAUAGAGAAAGAAGCCAGCAUUGAUUCGGUUGAAGACUUAAAGAAAACUCUGAGCUCUAGAAACUCGAUUGUGGAAAAUUCUGUGAAUAAAGAAUCUGAUCAAUCUGACGUCUCAGAUAAUUUACAAGAAGAUGGUUUACUUCUGACAAAUAAUAAAUCGAACAAUACUUCGCCAGAGGGAAAUACAAUCCCUGAAAUAAAUGAUUACAGAAUCCCAAAUAAGCCGACCAAACGGAAACGAGAUGAGAUUUUAACGAAUUACGAACCGAUUGAUCCUACUUCGUUCCAAACAGAAAAAAAUAAAAAGAGAGUAACAGGCAAAUUUAUUGAUAAAUUCUGGGAACCAUUGGAUGCACAGACAACUAGCUCUUUGGAGAAAAUACUAAAUAUGUGUGUCAAUAGAACCAUUGAAAAAUAUAAGGGAGGGUCAAUAGUAUCCAAAAAGAUGAUAGAAGCACAACAUUUACUAUCGAAAAAUUGGCUUAAUGAGGUGAAUAGAAAAUCCUUUAGAUCGAGACUUAAUGUCACUAAUGUACCGUUACCAUCAACCAUGCAGAGCACCUCUAAGUCGAUUGAUAACAGCCUUGAUAUUUUAGAUUAUGACCAAUUAACCAGACGUACGCAAUUUUUGGAAACAUACCUACUGGCGGAGCUCAAGCAAUUAUCCGAUUUAGAGACGUACUAUUCUGAUUUAGAAAUGAUUUACAACCUGGACUUGAAUUACUUAAAUGAAUUCAAGAAAACAACUGAAAUAAACAAAUCAAAAAUGAUUAAAGAAACGAUCAUGAAACGAGAGAAAUUAAGUCUAGAUAAUAUAGAGCCCGAUCGCGAGAAUAUCAGGCUUGCUGAUCAUUCUGUGCUAACUAAUUCCAAUUUCGAUCCUAAUUCUGAUAAUGAUACUCAAGACGUUCUACAGUUGAUAGACAAACAAUUACAAAGUCUAUCAUCAGACACCACCAAUCUUACGACUCUUAAUGAAAAGUUGGAAACUUUAUAUAAUUUCCUUAAUAAAUGUUGA